ACGGUGACAUUGAUUGAUUGGGAGCCCUCGGGGUGGUUUCCCGCUCACUGGAAAUGUUUGAAAGCACACUGGGUACCAGCUGUGCAUAACCAGGAACAUGAGUGGGAAGACCGAAUAAAGGAGAUUGUAACCCCAUACGAAAUGGAGCGCGAGGCAGACAAGGAUGUGGUACUGCAUGUCACGGACGGGCUCAGAUGGCACUAA